AUGGCCGCAGCCGCUCCCUUCACCACCUGCCUCUGGUUCGCCGACGAGGCCGAGGAAGCCGCCCGGCACUACGUCUCCAUCUUCGCCCCCGACGCCGCCAUCACCCGCACCCAGCACUACACCGCCGCCGGCCAGACCACCCACAAGCAACCCCGGCUCCGUGCUGCUCGUCGAGAGUGGUCGUUCAACCCGUCCGUCUCGUUCCAGGUGGACUGCGCGGACCAGGCCGAGGUGGACCGGCUGUGGGAGGCGCUCGGCAAAGAUACCGUCGACCCGGCGUCGCGGCGCUGCGGGUGGGUGGCGGACAGAUACGGGGUGUCGUGGCAGGUGGUGCCGGCGGUGAUGAAGAGGCUGCUGGGGUCGGAGGACAGGGAGGCGGCGGACAGGGCGAUGGUGGCGAUGAUGGGCAUGGAGAAGUUGGAUAUUGCGGCGCUGCAAAAGGCCUACGACAAUGCGUGA